GGUGUUACGAACAAACCCGUCCGCCGGCUCGCACGCUCGCAAAGGUUCCUAGCGGUCCCCGGUCAUCUAAUCUCGCUGUACCCGGCGUCCCAAUGCAGGUGAGGGGGGAGGCGUCACGUCGCUCUCCGCUCCACCUGAGACACCCGUGACCUCCGCGUUGUUGGCGGACACACACACACACUCACACACCCGCGGCCGCAGAGAGGACGAACACCGCAGCGGGACAAGGUCAGUGACAGGAGCUGGAUGGGAGCUAGCUAACGGCUAACUAGCAUCUUUAACCGGCCCGUCCUCUCAGCGGUAGCCGCUUCGGUAACACCCGGUCGCGGCUGCAAAGCGGCGUGGUCCCGGUUCUCUCCCCGGUCAAGGAUGAAGCGGCUCCCGGUGCUGUCCCUGCUCCUCUGCCUGUGCUCCGUGUACUUCGUGGGCAUCUACCUGUUCGUGGGCGGCUUCCUGCUGGUGCGGCUGGAGGUGAACAGGACCAGCGGCUGCGGGGACGUGCUGCAGCCCGGCGGGGAGCCGGCGGACUUCUGCCGCGUCCGGCCGCGCUUCCGUCGCGCGGUGCUGCUCAUCAUCGACGCCCUGAAGAUCGACUUCGCCCGGUUCGACCCCAGCAACGCGGCGCCCCGUCCCCACGAGAACAAGCUGCCGGUGCUGGAGGAGACCACCGCGGCCAGGCCCUCUCACUGCCGGCUGUACCCCUUCCGCGCCGACCCGCCGACCACCACCAUGCAGAGGAUCAAGGGCUUCACCACCGGCUCCCUGCCCACGUUUGUGGAUGUUGGUAAUAACUUUGCUUCCAGCGCCAUCCUGGAGGACAACCUCAUCCACCAGCUGGGGCAAGUGGGUAAACGGGUCGUGUUCAUGGGCGACGACACUUGGGAGAAUCUUUUUCCGAAGAAGUUCCACCGCUCUCUGCCCUUCCCCUCUUUCAAUGUCAAGGACCUGCACACUGUGGACAACGGGAUCCUCCAGCACCUCUACACCACCAUGAUUGGCGGUGACUGGGAUGUCCUGGUUGCUCAUUUUCUCGGCGUGGAUCACUGCGGACACAGAUUCGGUCCCGACCACCCGGCCAUGGCCGACAAGCUCACCCAGAUGGACGGAGUCAUCAGGUCUGUGAUGGACCGUCUGCAGAACGACACUCUCCUGGUGGUGAUGGGUGAUCAUGGGAUGACAGACACCGGGGAUCACGGUGGAGAAAGUCAGAAGGAGACCGAUGCCGCUCUCUUCCUCUACAGUCCGGCCCCUCUGUUUCCCGGACCCCCGUCACAGAGUGAACCGGAUGUGGUGCCCCAGACUGACCUGGUGCCCACCCUGGCUCUGCUGCUCGGCAUUCCCAUCCCAUACAGCAGCGUGGGCCAGGUCCUUCUGCCCUUAUUCCCUCCUCAUGGACAGGGUGCGGUGGGAAGUCUCAGCCAGCUGGAGGCGCUGUGGAUCAACGCAAAACAGGUAAACCGUUUCCUGGAGACGUACUCUGGAAUGGCCAAAGACAUCCCACCAGAGAGCCUCUCUCAGCUGAAGGACGAAUUCUCCCGCCUCUCCUCCGAGUACCUGUCCACUGUCCGAGAGGGUCGGCCACCCUCCCCUGAGCUGGCAGCCUCACUGCAGGCCUACCUCACCUCCGUCAGAGACACCUGCCGAGCCACCUGGGCCCGGUUCAACCCGUUCAAGAUGGCGGCUGGGUUAGUCAUCCUGGCGUUUGCCUGCUUGAUGUGUUUCAUCCUGUCUGAGCUGUCCCUUGUGCUGAUUAGGGAGAAUGGUUAUGGACUGAAGGCCCCGGUUGUCGUGGCUCUAACAGCGGGUGUUUGCGUGGCUGUGGGUCAGCUGUUCACGCAGGGCUACAUCGAGGUGGCGUGGUGCCUGGCAGCUGCUGCCCUCAGCUCUGAGCUUGUCUUCUUCUGGACAGCAUAUGGAUCCCGAACUGCUGCUGUGUCAAAGAAUGGAUCCAAAGCUCUAAAGUAUGUGAGCUGGCUGACCCUGCGUAAGCUCCUCAUUCCCCCUCUCCUGGUUUCUCUCCUCCGCUGUGCCUCCAUGCUCUCAGAUAGCUAUGUGAUCGCCGAAGGCCGGGUGGUGACAUUUCUCCUGUUCUCUCUGGCUCUCUAUAUUCCCAUCCAUCUCAACUGGGAUGGCCUACUUUUACCACCCAGCCAUGACCCCCUGAAGUCUGCCGGGCUGCUGCCGUCCCCAGCCUUGUCUCCAUCAACCGUGAGGAAAGAGAGCAGCACCCUCCUGGCCUGUUCAGGACUCCUCGUCGGCAGCCUCUACCUCUCCCUGUCAUUUCACGGCUGCCGGGAAGAGCAGGGCUCCUGCCAGCCUUCGCCGUUCCUUUCUCCUCUCUCCCGGUUGCAGGACAGCCAGCUGAAGAACAUCCACUACGUCUUGUCUGUCUUCUCCCUGGGCUUGUGGACGUAUCUGCUGAGACGCUGCCUCCGCCACUACGGUAACCUCAACUCCUCAGGUGGGACGGUGUUCACGGCCCGCUGGAUCUUACCACUGCUGUCCGUGUGCCUGGGGCUGCACUGGGCUGUUAGUGCCACACCAGAGGACAGCUUCAGGAAUCUGGGCGAGCUGAUCAGCCUGGCCCAGCUGUCUCUCCCCAGGGCUGCCUUCUGUCUGUUGGGGCUGGGGCUGUUUCUGAUCUGGCUGGAUCCCCUCACUGUGUUUAUAAAAACCAGGGCUGCAGCCUCAGCCAGAAAUUCUUUGCUACCCCUACCCCGUUACCGAGCCAGCACUGGCAUCAGCCCCCAAGCCGAGCUGCACCACCUCAUCCCGCAGAUCUACCAGCGUAUGCGCCGUUCCCUGGACGACGACGCCGCCGAGCCGAGCGGGGGUGGCGAGGUGGACAACAGGCCCGCCGUGGAGGCCUAUGGACUGGGAACUGUGUACUCCGCACCCCUGCUGCUGUUCUGCGGCCUGCUGGGAAUUGGCCUGCUGCUGCUGCACCCAGAGGGCAUGGCUCUGUCUUUCCUCCUGCUGCUGCUAGAAAUGGGAGCUCUGCUGCUCAUUCACGCCUCCUCCACUACCCUCAAUGGCCUCCAUGGAACAUACUCUGGUGAAUUUAAUGUUCCCUGGGCUCCGAUAGUGAUGUGGGCCUUGGCCGCCACCCAGUUCUUCCACGCCACGGGUCACCUUCCGACCUUCCCAUCCAUCCAGUGGGGUGCCGCCUUUGUGGGGUUCCCUGAUGGACACACAGGCACCAUACUGCCCGCCUCACUGGUGACCCUCAACACCUUCGCCUCACACAUCUUGUUUGCAGUGGGUUGUCCUCUGCUGCUGUUCUGGCCCCUGGUGUGCGAGGUCCGCGGCAGCAGAGGAGGAGGAAGAGCUUGCGGGGAUGAGGAAGAGGACGCUGUGAUGGAGAUGAGACUGAGAGAAAACCCGCAGCAGUUCAGCGCCGCUCUCCUGCAACUCUCAACACGCUACCUCUUUAUCCACGGAGCACAGGUCUUUGCCUCAGUCAGUGCAGCUGCCAUCCUCAGGAGACACCUAAUGGUGUGGAAGGUGUUUGCACCCAAGUUGAUGUUUGAGGCGUCUGGGUUCCUGGUGAGCAGCGUGUCUCUGCUGAUCGGGGUCACGUUAGUGCUGCGGGUCGACGUCGCCGUGGGCCGCUGGUUUAAGAGAAUCCUCCCCGAUGCGUCCAGGUAGCGACGGCUACGUACAGAAACAUCACCAUCUGUGUCUAACAUGCCGAUCUCCUCAAACAUGUCUUAUGAGGUCACCUCUUACUGUAACUUGAGGGCUACGCUGUGCGGUACUGACUCUGAGGCCUUUCCCUCGUCAGCCAGAGGGACUGAAGGAUGUCGCAUCUCGGACUGAACCAACUCCGAGCAUGUGGACUGUUUUUUAUAUUCAGUGGGUUUUGGCUAAAGGUGAUUUGGGGUUUGAUGCCAUUGCGUUCCAGAGUCUGGAGAGUUACUUCUGAAUGUUCUAACCUGCCGAGCCAGAAAGUCUCGUGGUUCUGCUGCAGUUUAAAAAGCUUCACUAAAUACAAACGGUUUACAAAAGCUUCACACCUGUCGCAGCUGAAGAAGAACCUCAGCAUUCAAACUGAACCGGCCUUUUUAAUAUCCAGUGGCUUUUUUUUCAUCCUCGUAACUGAGGCUGACGUCACACUUACAUGCACCAGAGUGGCCAAAGGGACAAGUUUAAUGUGAUGGGG